AUGAUAAACAGCUCAUCUAAAAAAAAUCUCAUAUCCACCUUCUCCUCAAUGUUUACAAUCUGUAUAGUGAUGAUAUUUGUGACAUGCUAUGAAACGUUUCAACAAGAUGGAGAACCAUUUCCAAUUAGAGGUCCUCUUACGAGGAUCACGGUUAAAAACAAUAACGAUUAUUUGCUUGGAAUCCACUGUAAAUCUAAAGAUGAUGAUCUCGGUUUCCAUAUUCACAAAGAGGGUGAAUUAUAUGGUUGGAAAUUUCAUGUAAAUUUUCAGAAUUCAACACUAUAUUUCUGUGGAUUUAGCCAAGGACAAGAUAAUAAAGGCGUGUUCGACAUAGACAGGGCGGAAAGAGAUUUUUAUAGAUGUAGAAAUUGUACAUGGAAUGCAAAAAAAGAUAGUCUAUAUGGUUAUAGCAACUUGCCUCAAACAGUUACAUGGUUUUUUAAGUGGUUAAAAUAG